AUGCCGACGCCACCCACGACGCUGGCUGUGGGGGUUCGAAGCUUCGUGCUGGAGCAGCACUUCACCUUCGAGUACGACGUCGGAGUAUGGCCCAUGGGCUCGGUGCAGGUCCUCAAGGAUCGACGGUCCGGGGUACUCAAGACGUGUCGCUCCAUCUUCAAGCCGCGGCUCACCAAUGUCUGGGCAGCUUCGCGCGAGCUGACGAAGCUGAAAGCACUGCAGCACCCGAUGCUCUCCUCAGUGACUGAUGUGCUGGAGGACUCAGAGUAUCUCUUUGUCGUCUCACUCCGUGCGAACGGAGGGGACCUGGCAGAGUUCUUGGACAGGCUCGGAGAGGAAGCCACCCUCGAGGAGGAGAUUUGUGCCAGCUAUGUGGCGCAGGUCCUGGUUGCCCUGGCGCACUGCCAUGCAGUGGGUGUUUAUCACCAUGACCUGCAGCUGAGCAAUGUGCUCCUCACCUCGAGGGAGCCAGAGGCCCGGGUCCUGCUCAGCGACGUCGGCCUCAUCCCGGCUCUGAAAGGAUCGGGCUUGGAGACCCACCCUGCAGCCGCGAGCUCGGGGCCUGAGCCCGACCUGGAAGCUGUCGCACGGCUCGCAUGCGCCGUGCUGCUGGGCUCGACGCAGCCGGCAAACCUAGAGGAUGACUCUUGGGCCUCCUCCGACUUGUGGGAGGGCCGCAGCGAGGAGGCGAAGGAGUUUGUGAAGUUUUUGCGUUCUGGGACGACUGCCGCAUCUGCCCUGCACCACCCGUGGUUGCGGAAUGUGCUGCUCCGGCCAAGCCUUUCCCCGGAGAACCUCGAGGAUGACGCGCGGGAGAGGAUCGCCUGCUACGCGACCGCACUCCUCCUGAUCCCCAUCGAGAUGGCGCAGCGCGACGUCGAGUCCUUGCUGAAGGAGCUGAAUGCCUUUGACCAGGAUGAUGAUGGCCUCAUUGCGCUUGUCUCGGCCCAGAAGAUUCUGGAGAAGCGCGGCGUGCGCCAGGCGGCCGCUGAGGCAGCGCUUGCGGUGGCCGAUGUGAGGGGCACAGGCGUCCUUGACUUCAGCGCACUGGCUGCGGCGGGCUUUCUCGCGGACUUGGCGCGCGGUAGCUCGACAAGGUUUGCAGACAUCAAGGGCCGGCUGCAGGAGCACUUCUUCGAGGCCUAUGGCGACGAAGAAGAGGAGGGCCACGUGCUGCAGUCGGAUCUGCGAAGCAGCGUCAGGAAUUCGGUGGGGGAAGUCCUCCAAGUGCAAGGCAACGUGAGCUUUGACGAGCUCCUCUCCGCCUUUACGGAGGAGGAGAUUGAUGAGGAGGACCUACUGCCUACCCUGGCCAAGGCAGCCGGCAUCGGCACCCCGAACUCGCUUUUCGACCAUGGCUUCAUGGCGCAGGAGGAGAGCUCCUGGCUUCUGAAGAUCCUCCACACCUGUGGUGGUGGGCCGAGAAGGCGGCGAGUCUACAGCUGCUAA